GUUUCCGGCGUGCCCGGCGCGACUGGCAGCCGGUGCGGAGCUGCUGCUGCUGCCGGCCCGGUUCGGGCUGUGUGCGUCCCGGUCCGACCGAGACGGCGACUGCGGUGUGAGGAAGGAGGUGCUGCGCUGCCGCUGUCGCUGCCGUCGCCGCCCAAGAUGAACUACAUGCCCGGCACCGCCAGCCUCAUUGAGGACAUCGACAAAAAGCACUUGGUCCUGCUUCGAGAUGGAAGGACACUGAUAGGCUUUCUUAGAAGCAUUGAUCAGUUUGCUAACUUAGUGCUACAUCAGACUGUGGAGCGUAUUCAUGUGGGCAAAAAAUACGGUGAUAUUCCUCGAGGGAUUUUUGUGGUCAGAGGAGAGAAUGUGGUGCUACUAGGAGAAAUAGACUUGGAAAGGGAGAGUGACACACCGCUGCAACAGGUGUCCAUUGAAGAGAUCCUGGAGGAGCAGAGGGUGGAGCAGCAGGCCAGGCUGGAGGCCGAGCGGCUCAAAGUGCAGGCGCUCAAGGAACGCGGGCUCUCCAUGCCACGGGCAGACACGCUGGAGGAGUAUUAGGGCCCAUCGCAGGGAGCGGGCGCCAUCCUGACCCCAACCCCACCGGAUGCAGCCCAGAGACCUCGGAGCUCAGGAGAGCCACCUUUAUUUUUGUAAUUCUUUGACAUAAGCACACAUGAACUAUCAUGUGAGUUUGAUUUGUUUUUUUGGACUCU